UAUUUUUGUAUGAAAUAGAAUACAUGAUAAUAUAUUUGGAAAAUCAUAACAAUUAGGCUUGCAUACAGAAUAAUUGUUUAAUUCCUCUACAGUUGGGCAAAUAACUCUUUUGAUCAAAAUACUUCAUUUGGAAGUUGUACAUGUCUUGCCUAAUUCUACUGCUAUACAAAAAUAAUAGGAUAAAUAUAGCUAAGUAUUAAUACAAGUGAGGUAACAAGAUAGAUCUGUGUAAGAAUCCUUAUGAUAACAGAAUCAGUGGUUAUACACUUGUAGUGAUUUGCUGAGAGUUGAAUAGGCUGCAUUAGUUGGCAGUGGGUCGGCGGCGGCGGCGCCGGUCGGGCUGGCGUCGCGACGUCGCCGUCUGUCCCCGCCCCCGCGUCUGCGCCCCGCGCCCCUCGCCCCCGCGUCUCAGCCUCAUCGUCCAUCGUCCCUCCACACAAACUACCCCUACAGUCUUGCUCCUGCAUCUUACUAACUUCUUACGCCUGUUUUAAUUCGCGUAUUUGGCAAGUUUAUAAGUUGCAAUUUUCCGUGUAAUUGACGAUUAAAUUUCCUUUGUUUCUCUUGUUAUGAUUUCUGGCUUUAUCAAUGGAAAUUAUUUUUUCUUAGGAUAAAUUUCUCAAACGAAAAUGUGUAUCUAAAAAGUGCGAUCGAGGAGUCAUGUCUGAGGAACAUGACGUGGAGUGUCCUGUGAAAGAUGACAAGUCGACAGACGAAAACGAGGGGCCGGUCGCCGAAGAUGCGGCGGAUGACCCAGCGACGGAAGUACCGGAUGUACCAAAAGUACCAGGAGUACCAGAAGUACCGGGUGUACCCGAACCAAGUGCCAACACAUCCAAAGAAGACAGUGCCAUAGACAAAGAGACGUUGAGUAGUGAGGUGGAUGAGAAGAAGGAUUUAUAUGGUGCCAAUGACAAAGGAAACCUCAGCUGGACGGUGGAAGGGAACGAGUUCAGGGUGUCAUGGAGCCUACCAGAGGGAGCGACCACGGCGAAAGACUACAUCGCGCUAUGUUAUACAGAGUCGGCGGGCAACGUCGGCGUCGUCGGGCGCGUGCCGGCUACCGGAUGCGCCAGCGGCGACAUAAUGUGGCUUCUUGAUGAGCCUAAUCAACCUUAUGAAGACUGUGAACAACUGCUAUGUUUUCGUUACUACAAUGGCGAAGGCGAGGAGUGCGCAGCGGAGUCAUCCGCUCUUCCCGCGCGGUUCAAGGUGGAUCUCAAGAAACUGCCUCUCCGACUCAGAGAGGGAAUGUCCAGGAAACGAAGCGGCGACCAGGUGUCGCCGUUUUCCUACAACAACGAGAGCUUCGAAAUGAACUCGGAGAAUCCGCCCCGCGUCGAGUUUGUGCCCGGCACCAGUCACGAAAUCAAACAUCUCAGCGAUAACGUCAACAAAUGCUCAAUUAGUGCUUUAGAAAGUAACGGGAACAAUCUCGAACAAACAAAAUGUGAUCCUAGUAAAUCUCUAGUUAGUAAUUUAAGCCAAGAAUCUCAAAAUGUAAAUAGUGAAUCUCGAAGUGCAACAGACUGCCGACCGACGUCAUCAGGAGUCAAGAAGAAGUGCCCCCCGCCGGUAGACACGGGCGGCGGGCAAGCCCUUAAUGGCGUCAAGAAAAAAUCUAUAGUUAAUAGCGGCUUUGACUCGCCCACUUCUCCAGGCACAGAGUAUUAUAAAAUAUGGUCACCAAAGAAUCCUUGCAAAAUAAUGAAGUUCGUUUACGACGUAGAGAGUGCGACUGUGCCCAGUGAGGCUGAAAAAUCUCCAGUACCACCCUUACCGCCGAGACAAUCGCAUAAACCGCUCGAGAGAAUGCACGCAUUAUCCCCGCCACAGGUACCACGACAUAGAAAGCCAAAAAAAUUAACAAAGCCAGAAGACGCGUUCAACUUUGAAUUGAUAGACACCGAUGAACAAUUCUUUACGGACAAUAACAUAACCAACUCAUCCACCCUACAAGGAGAGCUUAACGAUUUUAAACCAGGCGAAUUUUACUCGGGCAAUCAAAUAGCAACUUCAUCAACGGCCAGUUUUUGGAGAGGUGGACAAAAUGUUGCGCCUUUAGCGACACCAGAAACUGAUGGCAGCUUGUGUGAAUCAACUAUUUCAUCAAUGAAAUUAUCUAGGUUAAAUGAAGAGAAGAGAUCAAAAGAUGUACCUGAUGGCGCGCCUAGCGUUAGUAGGAGUAAGAUACUGUUUAUAAAAGAUAUAGGUCCUGAUAAUUACAUAACGACGACGUUCGCGCGGAGAGACAAGCCCAGUCCUCCUAAAGACGUGGUCGAUGCUGUUAGCCAAACGCCAAACCAAGCCAAGUCUGAAGAGAAAGCUCAACACACAUUCAUAAAUGAUAUUAGUAAUCAUUCUGAGUUUGAAGAUGAUAACAGAAAUCAAAUUGAAGAAAAAGAAAUAACAGUAUUAAAAGGGCACAAGCCCCUUACGAGGCAAAACUCAGGACGUGCAACACCUACAAUGAUGACGGCGUUUUUAAACUCAUCUCAGUUGGAGCCAUUUAUGUCAAGAGAAACUGACAGUUCAAAUGGUCAAAGUUCUUGUAAUUCAUCACAUUCUACAUCACCUGUCGAUGAAUCACAUAAAAUGAUGCCUAGUGUGGGUACUAUGAUGAUGAGCCGGAAACAUUCUUGCGACUCGUCAACGCCAAAACAUUCUAGCUUACCUAGGCACUUGCUAAAGAAUCUUGGAUGCGAGGGCACGCCUAAGCAUUCGCCUCAGAAGUCGAACAGCGUGGAGAGUCCGGUGCGGCCGCACCCGCGCGUGCUGACCCGCGUGGCGGCGCUGGCGGGCGGCGCGGGCCCGCAGUGCCCGCCCACGCCCACGCACCACGCGCGCCGCCCGCGCCCUGCGCCGCCGCCCGACCUGCACCCGCCGCCCGUGCAGGACGCGGACGACAGGCUACACUCGGAGAACUUCGAAAUGGUCGAGUUUACAAAUGAACUAAGAACUUCAGAAAUCAGAUCGCCAAACAUGGAAUUUGUAAACAGCAAUCACUUUACGAUAGUACACGCAGGACCUCCUGAGGACGUAGUGUUGAGGAGGCCGAGACCAGUGGAAGAUAUUGAUGAUAACGACAACGCAGUUGCGUCACCGACGCCACUGCGGCAUAUGGCGGGAAUAAGAUUACCAUCAAUACCAGAGAGAGCUUCAAGACAAAUGGCUUUAACGGGAGAUUUUCCGGCCAAUAUGAUCGGAGGGAUUAUUGAAUGCGAAGAACCGUUACCUGCAGGUUGGGAGGCUCGCAUGGACAGCCACGGGCGCGUGUUCUACAUCGACCACAUCAACCGUAGCACGACGUGGCAGCGGCCCGGCCUCAACGGCGCCGCGCCGCGCUCGCCUGCGCCUGAAGUGCAGCGGCGGCAACUCGACCGCCGCUACCAGUCCAUCCGUCGCACGAUGACGCGCACGCAGCUGGCGGGCGCGGAGGCGGGCGCGUGCGCGGCGUCGUGCUCGCGCGCGCCCGACCCCGCCCCCCACGCGCCGCACCCCGCCGCCUUCUUCCUGGCCAGGCCCGACUUCUACUCCAUCCUGCACAUGAACCAGGAAGCGUCCGCCUUAUACAACGGGAACUCCACACUGAAGCACAUGAUCUCCAAGAUACGCCGCGACACGACGUCGUUCGAGCGGUACCAGCACAACCGGGACCUGGUCGCACUCGUCAACAUGUUCAGCGAGCCUAACCGGGACCUGCCGCUAGGAUGGGACACCAAGCUCGACAGGAAUGGCAAGCGUUUCUUCGUGGACCACGUGAUGCGUCGCACCACGUUCAUCGACCCGCGAGUCCCGCGCGCGACGCCCGCCCCCUGCGCGGCGGCGCUGGGCGGCGGCGUCUACUCCCCGCUCCUGCCGCAGCGGCGCCGCCCGCUCGCCGACGUGCCGGCACCUACUCCACCUCCUCGGCCACCGCUAUCAGCUGCAGAUGCGCAGGCGCAGAACAUGCACCACGAAAUUCCCGUUGCGUAUAAUGAUAAGGUAGUGGCGUUCCUCCGGCAGCCCAACAUAAUGUCGAUCCUGCGCGAGCGCUGCGGCUGCGGCGGGCGCGCUGCGCGAGAGGUGAACAGCGUGCGCGUGGAGGGGCCGCCCGCGCUCGCCAGGUACCAGAACGACGUGCAGCUCACCUGCCUGCCUCAGAGUCGGCGGGCAACGUCGGCGUCGUCGGGCGCGUGCCGGCUACCGGAUGCGCCAGCGGCGACAUAAUGUGGCUUCUUGAUGAGCCUAAUCAACCUUAUGAAGACUGUGAACAACUGCUAUGUUUUCGUUACUACAAUGGCGAAGGCGAGGAGUGCGCAGCGGAGUCAUCCGCUCUUCCCGCGCGGUUCAAGGUGG